UUUCAAAAAUUAGAAUAAAAACACGGUUAUGCUAAAUGAAUAAAUUAAAAAAUACAAAAAUACGAGCAAUUACAUGAAACCACAAGAAGUAAAGGUUGGGAAUGAGAAAAAAGGAAAUGAAAAAUAAAUAAUAUAAAAAAGAAAAAUACAUUUUUUAAAAAUAAAAAUAAUUAUAAAGUAAAAAUAAAAAAGAAAUAAAAAAUUAAUAAAAAAACAAAAGACAUUAAAAUAAUAGAAAACAAAAAAGAAACAAACGAAAAAGUAACUCUAUAAUUAGAUGGUGUAAUAAGCAUAUGGAAAUUGUAUCCUAGCUUCAUGAUCAAGUGAUACCACAUCUUCAUGUUAGAAGCAGCAGGAUAAUAUAGCAACAUUGAAGAGAAUAUUGAGUUCUUUUAACUAGCUUCUCCUUGGGAAAAGAAGCAUGUGAAACGCAACCUUCAAAUGAAAGUACUAAAUACCAAUUAUCAAUUACAUUGUACAAUUAUCAGCUCCAAACUAAUAGGCUUAGAGUUUUCCUUAUCCACUAGUAUAAAAUGGGGGUGAUGUAGCAAUGGAAAUUUCAUCAUUCAUUCAACACAAGUAGUUGAACAAUUAGAGAGCGGCCAAUUAAUAAGCAUAUAUACUGAGGGAUACUACCACACGUCCUUGAAAUGGCUAGAUCGACAACCCACAUUGUUGUGGGUUUGGGGAUUGUCUUGCUAAUGUUUAUAGCAUUGGCAGAGGCCAAAACUCCGCCUGGAAUAGCUGAUCAUCCAAGCCAUUCUCAUUGCUCAGAUGAUGAGAUAAAGCAAUGUAAAAAUCUUCCUCAUGUCUGUCCCAAGUUCUGUCCAAAUGGUUGCAUAACAGAGUGUCGUUCUUGCAAGCCUAUUUGUGUUGAUGGCUCAGUGCCACCUCCUGAUGAUGGUGGUUCUUAUCCUUCGCCAUCUCCUCCUAAGGAAGAAACUCCACCUCCGUCUCCUCCUAAGAUAGAAACCCCACCGCCGUCUCCACCUAAGAAAGAAACUCCACCUCCGUCUCCUCCAAAGGAAGAAACUCCACCGCCGUCUCCACCUAAGGAAGAAACUCCACCUCCCUCUCCUCCAAAGAAAGAAACUCCACCUCCGUCUCCACCGAAGAAAGAAACUCCACUGCCAUCUCCACCUGAGGAAUAUACUCCACCGCCAUCUCCACCAAAGCAAGAAACUCCACCACCGUCUCCACCUAAGAAAGAAACUCCACCUCCGUCCCCACCUAAGGAAUAUACUCCACCACCAUCUCCACCAAAGCAAGAAACUCCACCUCCGUCUCCACCUAAGGAAUAUACUCCACCGCCAUCUCCACCCAAGGAAGAAAAUCCACCGCCAUCUCCUCCCAAGGAAGAAACUCCACCGCCAUCUCCACCUAAGCAAGAAACUCCACCGCCAUCUCCUCCCAAGGAAGAAAUUCCACCCCCAUCCCCACCCAAGCAAGAAACUCCACCUCCGUCUCCACCUAAGGAAGAAACUCCACCUCCCUCUCCUCCAAAGAAAGAAACUCCACCCCCGUCUCCACCAAAGAAAGAAACUCCACCGCCACCUCCACCUAAGGAAUAUACUCCACCGCCAUCUCCACCAAAGCAAGAAACUCCACCGCCGUCUCCACCUAGGAAAGAAACUCCACCUCCGUCUCCACCCAAGGAAUAUACUCCACCGCCAUCUCCACCAAAGCAAGAAACUCCACCUCCGUCUCCACCUAAGGGAUAUACUCCACCGCCAUCUCCACCCAAGGAAGAAAAUCCACCGCCAUCUCCUCCCAAGGAAGAAGCUCCACCACCAUCUCCACCUAAGCAAGAAACUCCACCGCCAUCUCCUCCCAAGGAAGAAACUCCACCCCCAUCCCCACCCAAGCAAGAAACUCCACCCCCAUCUCCACCUAAGGAAUAUACUCCACCACCAUCUCCACCUAAGCAAGAAACUCCACUGCCAUCUCCUCCCAAGGAUGAAACUCCACCGCCAUCUCCACCCAAUGAAGAAACUCCACCGCCAUCUCCUCCCAAGGAAGAAACUCCACCCCCAUCUCCUCCCAAGGAAACAACUCCACCACCUUCAUCGCCACCCUCAUCUCCUCCCCCAAGUACCCCAUAUUCUCCUCCACCACCUUCAUCUGGUUCUCCACCUCCUCCAUAUUAUCCAUCACCUGCUCCUAAACCACCCACACCUAAGAAGGUCAAGUGUAAGAACAAGUACUACCCCAGUUGUUAUGCAGUCCAACACGUAUGCCCUACCUCUUGCCCUGACAGUUGUCAAGUUGAUUGUGUCUCUUGCAAACCAGUUUGUAAGUGUGACAAGCCCGGAGCUGUUUGUCAAGAUCCACGUUUUAUCGGUGGAGACGGGAUUACCUUCUACUUCCAUGGCAAGAAGGAUGAAGAUUUUUGCCUAGUUUCAGACCCUGAAUUUCACAUCAAUGCCCACUUCAUAGGAAGGAGAAAUGAGAACAUGAAGAGAGAUUUCACUUGGGUGCAAUCUAUUGGUAUCCUUUAUGGCACUCACAAAAUCUCAGUUGCUGCAUUAAAAACAGCAAUAUGGGAUGAUUCCAUCGACCGCCUCGCUCUCCACUUCGACGGUGAACCAAUAAUUCUUCCUGAAACUGAAGGUGCAAGGUGGCAAUCUAAAACUGUACCUAUGACCUCGAUUACAAGAAUCGGCAACACUAACGAGAUUGUCAUAGAUGUUGAAAAUUUUCUCACUAUCACAACCAAGAUUGUGCCUAUUACAGAGCAAGAAUCCCGAGUUCAUAACUAUGGCAUAACGAAUGAUGACUGCUUUGCCCAUCUUGAACUUGGAUUCAAGUUUUUAUCUUUGAGUGACGAAGUGAAUGGCGUUUUAGGGCAGACUUAUAGGAAGGACUACGUGAGCAGAGUUAAGAUGGGUGUUUUGAUGCCAAUAAUGGGAGGCGAUAAAAAGUUUGCAGCUUCAGGACUCUUUGAUACUGACUGUUCCGUGGCUAGGUUUCAAGCAAAUGGAGAACAAUCUAACAUUUAUAAGGCUCCGUUGAAUUUGGAGCUGCCAAGUUUGAACUGCAACGGUGGAAUUUAUGGACGUGGAGUUGUCUGCAAGAGAUAAAAAUUAUUACUUCACCUUUUGAGAUCAUUUUCAUCAAAAUAAGGUUGUAAACCAAUAGAGUGGAGAUUCGUUAAUAAUAAUGGUCCUAAAUGGAAAGAGAAGAUUGGACCAAACCAUUUUAUUUUUAUUUAUAUAUAAGAUCUAAAUAUUUUUAUGCUUCUGAUGCAUGUAUUGUCCGCUUUGACCAAUAGGUCUCACAUGUUUACACCAUACAGUUCAAUGCUAAGAUUGCUCCUGAA